AAACAAUUGAUCCAGUUUCAGGGCAAAUGUUCACACUCAGAACCUCAAUUCCUUAUCACGUUCUUCGAAUGCGCGCAGGUGCAUCGCGUCGCAUCUAUCGCAGCCAAGCCUUGCUCCAGUCAUACACAGCGUCGGGCUCAAUCCCGAUGGUUUGUUCUUAUCGCGCUGCAUCUGGUCACGCAAUGUCGUCACACAAAGAUCCGCCAAUAUCGCCAAUUGUAUUCCCAAAAGAAGGGUUCAAAGUCAUUGAUUCGUCCAUACCGGUCGAAGAGGAAAGCCUCCCCUUCUACCGCCCUGAACUGUUCUAUCCUGUUCGCCUAGGCGAAGUUUUCAAGGAUCGCUAUCAGGUCGUCGCGAAGCUGGGAUACGGUGCUUCUUCUACUGUAUGGCUCAGUCACGAUGUCAUGUACGCUACCUCCCGUAAUUAUCUCCGCCCGCACUUCCCCGCUCACUUACGAGUUCGUUAGCGAACGACGAUAUGUCGCACUCAAGAUUUUUGUCAACAGCAUCCCUCGCAACCAAGAGCUGAAGGUCUUGCAGCAUCUUAAAAGCGUUCAGUCUAAACAUAAUGGGCGUGAAUUUAUGCGGCUGCUGGAGACCUCCUUCCAGUUGCAAUAUUUUGGGAAAAUAUAUGAUGUGUUCGUCCUUCCUCCUCUGGGCCUAAGCGUUCAAGCGCUACAAAAUUUUCAGCCAAACCGUGUGUACUACGAGGAAGUAGCUACCUCCACUGCGCAAAGUGCCCUUAUCGCCCUUAAUUUCCUACACAAGGAGGCAAAGGUGAUCCACACUGGAAAUCUACUGCUCGGGAUAUCCGAUGAAUUAUGUCUGGCUGAGUACGAGAAGAACGAGUUGGAAAACCCUACGCCACGAAAAAUUCUCGUGGACCGUGUUAUUCACGUUUCCCAAAUUUCCUUCAAUAUUGGUAAAGUUCCGUAUCUUUGUGAUUUUGGCCAUUCUCGCAUCUGCACCGAUGGGCAGCUGCAGCAAGGGCGUGCGAUGCCCAUCCAAUACCGCACGCCGGAAAUGCUGUUAGACAUGCCUUGGGAUUACUCGGUUGAUCUAUGGGCCCUUGCGCUAACGAUACGGGAUUUACUGGAGCCUGAACCCUUAUUUGAAGUCUACGAUCCUACAGAUAAUGGGCUUAACGAGGCAUUCCAUCUUGCCCAUAUGGUGGCACUAAUGGGCCCGCCACCCUUGCAGUUUUUGAAAAGGAGUGCCACCUCGGCAAAAUAUUGGGAUAAAGAUGGAAAAUGGAAAGGGUCUGUCCCAAUUCCACUCCCGAGAAGCCUUGAGGCUCGUUUUACGCAAUUUGAUGGGCAGCGCAAGACACUAUUCCUCGACUUUAUUCGUACAUUAUUAAAGUGGGAUCCGCAGCAGCGAUCCUCAAGUGAAAAUGCGUAUAUGCAUCCAUGGACCAUGGCUAGCUCAAAUUAGGGGGGAGGAAAACAGUUCGUCGGCUUGAUUGGAGGCAGCGUCCUGCGGAUAUUUUGGUGCCCGAGACAUUGGAUCAAAUCCCGAUCUAGACAAAGACAACAAUCCAACCAAGCAGUGGGCCGAGGGCUUUCUCGAAGACGAAUCUCCUUCGGCUGUGGAUCAGAGGUGCUGCUGACGGGCGAACCGUUUUGCCUGGAUUGCCCAUAGGGCAAUACAACGUCCCAGGUCGACACAUGUCUCAGCUGUCGACCAAUGUCUCAGCUAUCGACCAGUCGAGGAUUUCCAUAACUUGUAUUGGGCUAAGCAGAGCUGCCUGCACGUUAUAGCUGCAGUCAUUCCUGUUAAGCGACCUCUACGACAGUAGAUUCUUUAGUGGCUGUUAUUGCUAGUUUACAGUCGGGCUAGGUACCUUGCUGACCCGCUCACACUACAGUGGCUUCGGUUAAACAGCCACCUGAUCUCGUACAGCUACAGGUAGAUUGGCAUGUAAUUGAUCAGAGCCAAGUGGAGUUGUGUAGCUUGUUAUGAAGCCAAAUCUACAUUUUCCCCGCCUGAGACCC